AACUCCUAGAUCAUGUGAGAACUAAUUAAAUGCUACAUGUGUUCGUGUGAAGGAAUCACGCAUGCACGGUGUAAAGUUCAUCCAACAUUUGUGGAUCCAUCUUGCAUCCCCAACAAUGGAGGCCUCAAUUACAUCGGCCCAUAUCUCGACAAUAUCAAGCCACUUCUGGGCUCCAGCUGGGAAAACAGAAUUCGCUCGAUCCUUGACGAGUUCGUGUGUAAGCCGAAUUCGCAUUACGCGAAACAAUUUCCACGAGUGAAGAAAUUCUUGGACAUGGUCGCCAUUUGGGCUAACGAUGUUUCUUGCAAAGACACAAUUGUGAAACAGGAAGUGAUUAAGCACAUCGAGUGUAUGGUGAAGGAUAGCCUGGUGACACAAUUUGCGGACCCGAUUCUUGAUAAUGGGCUGAAUAAAGUAGAUUCCGAUUCUUUGGCCACUAAGCAUAAUUCCUUACAAUGCAUGAACGUUUGGAGGUUUAUCACCGAGAAAGAUUAUUGGUUGUGCCAAGAUUGCUCAACACCAAUCCACAUAGAUCCAAAAACUAAUCGAAAAAUCCACGAAAACAAUAGAGAGAGUUCGAACAGCGACUUGGACGUCGAGGUCGGUUCGAUCUCGCAGGAGCCAUCAUCCUAUUUCACCUGUGGAGCCUCCUAUGAUCGAAUUAACAACCAAGAAAUCGAGGCAUCAACAUGUCAAGCCGAAAUCAAAAAACAAGAACUCGAAUUCGUCUUCCAAUUAAAUCUACAGAAUCAAAUUCCAACAACAACUUCGAACAAUUGUUGCACGGAAACACAAGACACGAUAAAAAUCAAAUGUGACUAUGACACAAAAUGCGUACACACUCAAACCAGCCAAACGAAUUUGAACUUCAUUUUCACGACGAAUAAUCAAUGCGAAUUAAUCGAACCCUGCGACGCUUCUACUUGCCCUAAAUCCUAUCCAAGAAGAAUAAGUAUACAAGAAUCAAAUAUGGUAUGUUGCGACCAAAAUAUAUUCCCCAAAAAUUCAAAAUUAAAAAUUUACAUAUACAAAGCAAUGAGCGCCGAUCGGUGCACGACUCGAGAUAUGCCAAACGUAUCCAAUCUCUCGCUUCCCUGCAAAUCGAAUCAGCUGAUCGUUCGACUAUUCGAGACGGAUCCGUUCUUGCUGGACUCUUGUUUGAUUUUGUUAAGGAAAAGAUUCGAGAAGGACGUGAGCAAUGCUUGCUCGUGCAUAAACGACAUCCUGAAGAAGUUCGACGACUCGAUGAUCAAGCACUUUCGCUUGAACUGCGAGAUUAAACAUGGCCGCGUCGAUUUGAAUCUGGUGUGUAAAAACGGCAACAUAACCAAGUCUCGAUGGUUUCUAGCCAGAAUACCGACUUGUACUAACGUUCACAAACGUGAUUCGUGUCACAACAAGGACGUAGAGAGCUGCGAGAAAUACGGAGAGCCGCGAAAAUCGAUGGAGAUCCCAAUCGAUCCCGUAUGCGGCGAGGAGGUGAAGAUAGAAUGUUGCAAAGAAUUGGAGGAACGGAAAACUACUUUCUAUUCUUUUUGCUCGAACGACAGUUCUAUAAGUAUGGAGUCAUCUGUGUCGAAGGUUGAAAAGGAGAAAGAAGAGGAGAAAGAGGUUAACUUCGUGUGGUCGAGAGAGGGGCCGAAGAAGAUGGAAUUUGUACUUUCUUCCAAGAAUGCGAUAAGCCCGAAGAAGAAGCGUGGAAAGGCGAAAGUUUAUUUUGAGGUUGAUGCUGAAAAAGGUGAGGAACAUGAUGAUGAAAUUAGUGACAAGUCUGAAUCGUUUUUGAAUGAAGAGAAAGAAGAGACGAUGAUGGAGGGAUAUAAGGGCGAAGAAAUUGCGGAUGAAAAGAGUUUCAGACUUGAAAAGAGCGAGAUACGUGAAUUUGUCAUGAUAGGUACCGAGAAUGAAUUGACAUUGUGCGAGUAUGAUUAUUCGUCUGAUAGCUUGAAGGAGAAUGUUCUUAAAGAAGAUCAAUCGAUGAGUAAAGUUUGCGACACUGAAAAAUGCUUUUCGAAUAACGAGUUUUUCUCAUCUGAUAAUCUAAAUCAAUGUGAACAGAAAGAUUUGUGCGUGACUAAUGAAAAGAUGGAAAGUUUAAAAAAAGAUUAUAAAGAAUGUCAUCUAGAAGAAAAUGUUGUGGAAAUGCAAAAACCGGAAUGUUCACACACGAGGGAAUGCGAAGAAUACUCGAAGGAUACUUCUUGUUCAAUAAUGAAAAAAGACAUUUCAAUGGACAAUGAAAUAUGUACUUGUGAAUUAAGGGAUAAUACUCCUCAAAUGGAAAAUUGCAUAAAACAAGAAAUGAAUAUUUUAUCAGAAGGUGUUGUAAAGUAUAAUUUUGAAUUAAACAAAAAUAUUUGUCAGGUAGAAGAUACGUGCAAACGAGAAGUGAAUACCUUGGAAAAGAAGAAAAAUUUGGAAGAAAAAUAUAGCGUGGAUUCUAUUUCAUUCGUCCAUUCGAACUCGACCAAGUGUUCUUGUUGCGGCAAGGCUCUUUCAAGCCCCUCCGACGAAGAAAUUAGUGAAACGAACAAAUUUUGCACGAACGAAACGAUUCUUGACUCAAAAGUUCAAGAGACAUCAAACUUAAUUGGAACAGAAAAUAUAUCGGAUAAUUUAAAACCUUCGAAUGUUCAAUAUUGCAAAUUUCAAACUAGUUCGAUCAUUUCUUCAUCUCCCGAUCGAUGUUACAAUACUAUCAACAGCAACGCAACAGAUUCGCCACGAUCAUGUCCAAAUUGCGAACAAAAUUUGUCUAAACAAUUUACUAGCGAAAAAAUUUCAGAUCCUCCUGUCCCCGAAUCCAUAUUUAUGUUCUGUAAAGAUUUCAAUGUGACGAAUUUCUCUUCUACAUCCGAUGAGGAAAGCUUGAGUGAAAAUUUCGAGACGAGGGAUCAAGAAACGCGCGGGAAAUUCAAAUCGCCUUGCAGAAAAUCGACUCCACCGUGUCGUCAAAAAUUGAUACAUUACACAACGUGCGAUAAUUCCUCGUGCCCUGCGAAAAACUUUCGUCGAGUGAGAUACGUAAAGCCCGAUUCGAAAUGCAAAUCGAGAGGGGCAGAUGGCGUUCGAGUCGUUGCACGACACAAGAGUCGUCGAGGAUCCGUGAUUCCGAACAAUCUGUGCAGCUCGUUUCCAGCCAUCGAUCGUAUCAAAUACCUGAUACGCAAGAAAUUGCGAAAAUUGCUUCUUGAGGAACGUGAUAAGGGAACAUGCACGUCGAAGACAUUUCUGAGAACCGACAAAUACUUGGUCAGUAUAUCGAGUGGAAAAUUGAACGGGGAGCGUGUUAUCUACAAACCUUGUCCAGGUAGAUCUCCGAUUCGUUGUCCUUUCAGGGCCAAAAGUCGAUGCGAAACUGGUGAUCGGGCAACAGUGAAAACGUUCUCGGAGGGAAAAUCGUUAAACAAGAAUAAAAAUGUGAUUGGUGAUACGAUCAAAACAAAAUGUCAAAAAAUGAUUCAGAAUAACGAUAUAUUCAAGAGAAUCAAGAUGGCGGAUGUUUUGAAAUCUCAGAAAUGUGAUUCGAAAAAAUUAUCGAUCGACGCGCGGGAUUUGAAUAAAGAGAAAUCAAAAAUUAGAAAAUUGGAUAGUUACUCGUUAAAAAGUAGAAGCUUGAAGGAUGAUCGUUCAAGUGUUGUGUCUUUGAAUUCGACCAGAAUGGUUUUCUUUGAAGACCAGGGUGAUCAUUUUAUAAAUCGAAGCUUUCUUCGUGAAAAAAAUUUCGUGUUGAGGAGGGAUAACAGAAACGUGGCGAAUAAUUGUGAAUUAAAGAAAGAUUUUUUCAUCGAUUCGAGAUCAAUAAGAAGUUAUUCUAGAAAAAACUGUGAACGUAAUUCUGUUCGAAAUGAAACGAAAACGGAGAAUAGAACUUGCUCUGAUAAAAUGAGAUCUUUUGAGAAACGUUUGUACAAACUCGAGAGAAAGCAAAAAGAGGAUAAUAAUCUCACGAUUUUUCUCAACGAUUACGAGAGAUUGAUUAGCGAGCUCGACGCAGAUUUUAGGUUAAAAUUGUUGCAAUACGUGACACUUUGCAGAAGCGUAAAGAAUUGUUUGAUGAAAAGAUUGCAACCGGAUGACGUUUGUGAGAGUUCAACUUCCGUGUAACAAAGGAGAGGGAGAAGGUCGAUUUAAUCGAUGGAUCGAUUGAUUUUUAUCGAUAAAUAAUUUUAUAUUAUUGUUAUUUUAUUGUUUAAGAUUUUUGUUUAAGAUGUGCCUUUUUUUAGGUAUGUUGAUGUAAUAUAGUUUUUUUGGAAAUGUAGAAGAGAAAUAGUGCUGUAUGUGGA